AUGCUUCAGUUCGCAAACAUGGACGACAGUGAAAAGCAAGCUGUAGUUGUUGGUAAGUCGGCAAACCCACGCUGCUUUAAAAAUGUCAAAACUCUGCCGUUUUCUUACUUCGCUAAUCGUAAAGCCUGGAUGACUAGUCAGCUGUUUACUGACGUUAUGAAAACGCUUGAUCGAAAAAUGAUUGCUCAAAAUCGAAAGAUUAUUCUGUUUUUGGACAAUGCAACUUGUCAUAACUUACUGCCGGGUACAAAUCUGUCAAGCAUCAAAUUGUCGUUCAUGCCACCAAACACCACCGGUCUCAUUCAACCUUUGGAUCAAAGCAUCAUUCGUUCAUUCAAAGCGUAUUAUCGUCGGGAACUUGUUCGAAUGCAAAUCGCAGCGAUCGAUGCUACACCGCCAGUGCCGCUGUCCGAGGUGGCCAAGCAGAUAACUGUUUUGAAGGCAAUGCACAUGAUGAAGCGAGCAUGGUCAAACCGUCAACAAUUCAAAAUUGUUUGA